AUGGCCAACGAUGAGAAUGAUGUUAAUCAAUUGAUAUUCGAUUUCGAUGAAACUUUAUUAACCAAUAGCUUAACGGAUAGUUCUAGCGCAAGUUUAAGUGUUAAAGAUUGUGAAUCAACUUUGCUCUAUCAUCACGACGAUGAUGAUAGCGAAUUAAGUGAAGAAGAUGAAGACGAUGAACAACAGUGGCGCUUGGAUAACAUUGGUUCAAUUUCCGGUGAACUAAGUAGUAGUCAUAACGCUGCUACCAAUAGUUUCAAUCAAAAAGUCUCCAUUGUCGAUAGUUUACUAUGUGAAAUUUAUAACAAGAAAGUUGGCCAAGGAGAUGAUCUAAAUGGUCGUGAUAGUUUAUUAGCCAGCCAUUCUGAUCAUGUUCGUGUAGGAAGAACAACUUCAUUCCUUGGAGACGCUAAAUUGACCGAAGAAAUUUUAAAAACUAAAGGUAUUCAAGUAUUACAAGCGACGGUGAAAGAGUUACAAGCAAGAACUACUCAGAUAUCUUCUCGGCUAAUUAAAGAAUUGAAAAGACGCGAUCGUCGAAAAACUCGACUGAACUUAAAUUGCGAUCUAUUAACUGCGAUUAUUCAAGCGUGUUCUCUUAAAAGGCGUAAGUAA